GGAUAUUACCUUAAUAAAACCCUGGCUGGAAUUUCCGAUUAUUAUGUUACAUUUAUUUUUAGACAGGCUUGAUCCGCAGUGACAUGUGUUUUUGAGGUAAGUAAAAAAAGCUAAUCAGUACUUUUAUUGUAAUCACACAAGGUGCAGAUGUUUACAAGACCGUUGGAUAGCACAUGUUCGUAGACGGCUUGUGAGGAGCAGGGAAUCCUGUGAUUAAAGAAACAUGUCUCACGAGAUGACAGAGGAUCAUAAAAAUCUUAACAUGGCGAACUGGUUAGCUCAACAGUUGGCCACGAAGGCCUGUCCUGGCCUGAAACUAAUCGAUGGCAGCGGCUGCAUAUUUCGAAUACCUUGGUGCAACGAGAAGAGCGGCGGCCUCAGGCCAGGAGGAGAUGACACCAGCUUCAUCAUUGCUUGGGCGCGUCACAAAGAGUAUUCCGGCACUUGGGAAAAUGACAAAGAUUUAAGGCAUUGGAAAGAAAAUUUUCGCAAUGCCUUAAACAAGUGCAAGAAUAUAGAGAAAGUGGAAACACUGAGUGUGAAAAACGAAUACAUCGUUUGUCGAUUUACUGAGAAAUUUUAUGCCACGUUAAAACCUCCGAUUGGGCAAAGCAGAAAACGAAAUCUAACCGGCUGUUCAUCUUCCUCCAGUUUAUCACGUGAUGACGAUGGUAUGCCCAUGAUUAAAAAAUCUCCUUCUUCGGUGCCCCCUGCAAAUGUGGGAGGAAAUCUAAAGCUGAACGGGAUUCCAGGUCAAUCAUCGCGAUCAUUUAAUAGUUCACCUUCCAGUCAGGUGACAUCCUUAGUUCAGUUUCCUAUUUUCCAGUCUCAGAGUCAUCCCAGUAACAAUGUCACUGAAUGCAUUCAAGUUGAUAUCAUGUACGGCUUCAGAGUAAAACGCUGUGUAACUUCUGCAAAACUCAACAAUUCGAUGCAGUUUUGUCGCAUUGGAAGCUUUGACAUCCCAGAGCUAAACGAAACCUUAUCAGUAGAAAAUGAAAUCCGUAUCCCAUUUCCCAGAAUGGAAGAGCUAGCACAUCACGCAUUUAAUGAAACAGAAAAAGCAACUAUUAAUGAAAUUGUAAGCGGUGUCGAACGAGGAAUCAUUCUCAGUCACGACGUUUCUGGUAUUUUUAUUCAGAGACGAACACCUCUGUAUGUUUUUUUGACAGACGGAAAGAGCAGGUCUGAGCUUUUAAGUCGAGAGGACGAUUCGAACCUGGAACUGGCUUUUGAUAUCAGCGAAUUCUAUAAAGAACUCGGAGACUAUAAAAACGGUACAAGCAGGCGUUCUCCUAAACCGUGGAUUAUUUUAACAAUUGGGCAAGAUAUCGAGGGUAAGAGAGAGAACCCACUUGAAGGUUGCGCGGUUUACAUUCAAAUAAUUCAUUUGCAGGCCCAAGAAAUUCUGAGAAAUGAGCAAGAACGAAUUCGUGAAACUAAGCCCCCCUUGUGCUCUAACCAAGAUAAGAUAGACAUAAUGCUUUCAUUGCUAAAUGAUCCCAAUGGUGCAGACAUGAUCAUCUCUCUCUUUGGAAACCAAGACAACAAUAAGUCACUUGAAUUAAACAGUCUUUCUGACAGUUCGCAAUCCGCAUUUUCUGAGAUACUGAGUUUGCAAAGAGAAAACAUCUCACUGGCCAAAUGUCAAGACUCUGGUGUUGGUAACAACGUCAUGUCUGUGGAGAUCUACUACUCGGGUUGCCUCGUCAGUCGAACAGAAGUUCCCGAAUCCGCUUCUAAAUGCAGAAUUUUCUUCGGUUCACGUGAAACGCAAUUAAAUGAAGAUAAUUUCCUGGAAGACGGUAGCUUUGGGGUACGUCUGCCAGACGUGAAUGUAUUAGACCAGUACUCAGUAGGUGAUAGAAUAAAAAAGGAAAUAGAGCAAAUGUUGCUGGACUUAACUCUUGGUGUUCAUUUUAUGUACAACAAGCAGUCUACAUCUAUAUACUCCGAGCGUAGAUCAGUUAUACGGGUUUUUAAAACAGACAAUAAAAAAACAAUAGGAAAAAUUGACAGAAGAACAAACCUUGUUGUUCCUGAGCCUGAACUUGUUUUCGAUUUUUUAAAAUUCAUAAAAGAUUUGUCACAAUCCAGCAAUGGUCCUAACUUUCCAAAGCCUUAUGCCAUAUUGACCAUCGGCCAUGAAAUAGAACCUGUAGAAGAAAACCCUUUGCAGAAUGUUUUAAUAUACAUUAAAGUGACGCAUAAUAUUGCUGAUGUUCUUCACCAAAAUGCCGUAGCAGCUAACGACAGACAUUCCUCUUUGAAAUAUUCUAUGCCUGACUCACUGGAUAAGACUAUAAAGUGUCUUCAAGAACUGAGAUUGACUGAAGGCUUUACAAAAAUGAAUGACGUCUGUCGUCACCUUGCUUCUUAAUGUAUCCUUUAAAUUAAAUCGUGAAAGCUAUUCUAUAACAGAAAUUAAAAGACAUUAGAGAACACAUAAUGUAAUUACAUAGCCUGUUAGGCCGCUUGCACACUACACGGUUUUGACAGUGCUUCAAAAUUCCAUACUGAAGAUAUGAAGACGGGCGUGAUACGUAUUAAGCGUUUAGGGUAAAAUGGUUGUUCAACGAUUUGAAACAAACGUGUCAUGCCACUACAUUCGACGGUCGACGUCCGGCAUCUUGGAAUCAAUGGCCUUCCUUACGCAUGCUUACACACUAAUAGGUUGACAGCAAGGAAAGAUAAACUAAUGACAAAACAAUAAUUUACUUACGAUUUAUCUUACAAAACACAACAAAUAAAAUCUGAACAAAAAAGUGUGUAAAAUUCGUCAAAUGUGAAAGCUAAAAUAACACUGCAAAAACUAUGGUUAAAGCUGUGAAAUUUGUAGGUCACCUUAGUAUGUUACCAAAGCGAUCUGUAAUUAAAGACCCUAUGUCUUUAAAAAAUCCAAUAUUUGAAAUACUUUUAAUGCUUGUAUUAUUUUAACAUAAUUGUUAUGAAAGAAUUAUUUACAAAUCUUUUGUGUACGAUAUUUUGGUUUUUAAAAUUAUAGGAUAAAUGCUUCAAUUGGCGCCAGGCUCAUGUGUAUGUAGUCUCUUACGUUUGUUAAUGAUUGUGAAUAAGGUAAUAUUGUCUUCUGUCCAUGUGGGAGACUCAUUCAAGCCACUAGGAGAUGUUGCUGAUUUUGUUACAGUAAAUAAUCAAUGACUAUAGGUGAUGAAAGUAUUUGUCUGUAUUUGUAACAACUUUGAAAGUAAAUUCAAUAGUUUCAAUGUA